GGUCGACGCUGAUAUCCGAUUUCCAUAAACGUACAGGCCUACUUCUGACGAUAGAUAAAAUCAUGAAUCAACAUUGAUAGCUGACACAAUACGGGCAGUAUAUAACAGUUUGCGAUAUAAUAAGCUUUUGUCGUUCUGCAAGGCUUGAUUAGCGAUUGAUAUUUUCUCUGAGUAUCCCUGAUUUUAUUUGGUUGCUAGGGAUUUGCAAAGAUUCGAAAAACGAUACCACAUACAUUCUUACAGGAUGAUACGGGGUCGAAAAUUCAAAAGCACUGAAGGCUGAGAAAAAAAUAAGUGACCUUCUUUUCUCUCUUUCUGACUUGCCACACUGACAUGACAUCGUUAAGGGAAGCAGCUGACAUGCCAUCGGCAAGUACUGCCAUUGACGCAAUUACCCAAAGCCUUCACCUAAUCAAUGAGGCUCAGUAUGACCCGCUUGCUUCAAGAAGAAGAACUUUUGAUACUUCUAAUCAGCCCGACAUCGAAAGCCAAUUGUUUCCCCGAAGCAAGAAACAUCAAAAGAUAACGAGAGCUUCCAUAGACGAAUUUGGGAAUCGGAUUGCUGAAUAUUUAGGCUUGCCACCCAAAGUUGUCGUUGUUGAAGAGGAACUACAGGGAGUUCCAGCUUUUAACGCUUGGGAGGAGUUUAUUGUAUCUUUUGCUAAAGCCUACCUCGUGUUUAAAGGAAUAAAUCCUGAUCCAGUAACUAUCACGCAAGAAAAUCGAGGUAAAGCAAUAUGCUGUUUUUGCUCUUUCGACCAGAUUAGACAUGUACAGCUCAAUAUGUUUUUCUGGAAUACCAUUAAGGAGAAGGAAGAGUUUAUGUAUUGCACAAAUUGUUCCAGCUUGCCUGUUGCUUUAAUAGAGGUUGGCAUGUUUCCUCUCUCGAAUCUACAGCAACCAUCAGGCGCUGUGCAUUUUAGUGUCUGUGAUUAUUUUGACAAAAUGAGAAAGGCAUUUGACGGCUCCGGAAAGCAAACAGCGGACUUUUAUAACGCAUUGCACGGCAAAGAUAAGCCUCUUUUAUCAGCUAGAAAUUGCGCCGAUAUUAUAUUAUUGUAUAGGAGAAUGAUGGAAGUAUCUGGGGAGUGGCCUUCUACUUAUAAUGAAUCCGAUGAAGAGUAACUUUUAAUGUAGAAUAAAUGAAAACAUUUGGUUCACUGUCUACAGCACUGGUUUGCAGUAGAAUCUUUCUAUCGAUUGGAUUUUUAAGCAUAUCAUUUUAUGUACAGUUUUAAAUCAAAUAGUUACAUUUAUAUGCCAUGAAUCUGCUAUGGCUAAUUUCUUGAUUAUUAUUCAAACCGUCUGGUGUAAUUUCAGAUUAAU